AGAACUGGGGGCUGCUAUAGCUGCCAUGAAUUGUGGUAAACUUGACAACUAGUAAACUUCGCAUUAUAGUUUCUGUAGUUCCAUCACAAUUAACUAUGAUGCAGUAAAUGCACAUGAGCAUAUUACAGUGAUAUAGCAACAGCUAUUAACAUUGAUUAUUAAACUCAGGCCAGAGAAGUGACUCAAACUCUCCUUAUUGGCAGGUCAGCAAGUGCCCAAAUGGGUGUAGGGUGCAAGGCAUGAUUAUCAAAAUUGAGAAGGAGAUUUUCAGUCGAGUGGAUGCUGCAAAACAAUCCUGGGUGACAAGUAACUCACACAAUGUACAAAUUCUUUCAGAAUUAAAACAGCUUCAUGAAGUGGCAGAUCGAAACAUGCUUACAGAGAAAGAAACAUUGAAAAACUUUGCUCAAGUUGGAAACGAGUUAAGUAAGAAACUUACUUACCUUAAAAUAAAGGUGAAAGAACAAAUAUCAAAACUAAAACUCCUAAGUAGUGAGAUUGAAGAUCAACUUGCAAUAAUGAAGAUACUGGAGGUGGAUACUGAUAUCAAGAUUCGCACCUGCAAAGGAUCAUGUCAAAAUAUCCAGCUUUUCAUGACCAACCUUGAAAAUUAUGGAUCCUGGAAGAAAGAUUUGGACAUGAUAAGAAAUUAUCAAAAAUAUGACACCAAAACUAUGCAUAACAUAAGCUUUGUUAACUUACAUGAACAAAAGAUUGGUGCCAGCUUCAAAGAACUAUGGCCUCUAAUGGAUCUGAAACAGUUGGAGAUGUUUGACAGUAUAGAUCAAUAUAGGCUAAAAUUAGAGGAUAUAUGAUCAAAUCCACUCCUUUAAAGCAUACCUGUCAUUUCAGAUGCCUUCACAGAACAAGCUGUCAUGUGAAUACAUACAGAAUAACAUUAUUUCUGGCCAUUAUAUAACUUGCAUUCUGCAUUUAACAAUGGUUUUCCCUUCUGCAGGUUCCACCUCUAAUUUAUGGUUUUCCCUCAGUUAGUGGGAGGACACUAGCUGAUAUGAUGUCUCCCAUACACAGCAGAUAUAGAAAAGAUCCUGCUCCCAUAUCCUUUUGUAGCACAUCCUCAGAAGCAACAGAAGAAUGGAGGUUGUUAUACAUUUGUACUGAUAAGUGUAGCUUUGAAUCCAGCACAGGGGUAAAACAAUAAAACACCAGCAGUUUCUCUAUGAGUCUCCCUCCCACUACAAAAUCCUCUACCUCUUUAUAGACUUCUACUGCCAGCAGCUACAACCUGAUCUGUUAGACCUCUUUCACACCAUUCAUGUGCACAGCCGCAUAGAAAUGAAUGGGUCCAGAUUCAGUGCGGGUGCAAUGCGUUCACAUCACGCAUUG